UAUUGCGAAUAUAUUUUUGUUACAAUUCUUUAAUCAUAAAUAGAAAAAACUGAUAUAAAAAAGGUACAUUAUAAAUUGUUGUCCGGACCAAUAAUCAAAAAAAAACUCAAAAUGACAAAUAGAAACACAAAUAAGCACAGAAAUCUAUCGAAUCGUACUGAUUAGAAAAGUUUGAAAAUGUAACGAACGAUGACAAAAGUUGUGAAAAAAUUGCUUCACUUUAAAAUUUUACUGAAACAGGCAUCUAUUAACACAUAUCAAGUUUUUUUCAAGUCGGACUAUAGACAUAAAUCAUUUAAGGGUCUCAAAAAAGACAUUUUUUUGAAUAGUUCAGCUGGGUUCGUUAUUUAUUCUAUUACUGACCUUUUGACGCAAGUCUUCCAGCGUCAUCAUGUAGCACAAAGAUUCUCCACUUCUCACGAAAAUGAGUUGAAUGGAGAGACGAUGCACACCAAUAUUCAAGAAAAUGUUUGCUCUACUAAAGAACAAUUAUGUACUGCUGAAUUUUUUUCUGCGGGGAUGCAAGGAAUUAUCCUUAACGGAGUUCUACUAUGCCCAUUUUAUCGCUUUCUUGAUGUUCUCUUUGGUGAUACAUAUCAGCUAAAAAAUAUUUGGCCAAGUGUUUCACUUAAAAUUUUUUCUAUUCAAACAAUUUAUAUGCCCAUCUCUCUAUAUAUAUUUCUUUUUUGUACUCCCUUUUUUAAUCAUUUUAUUAAUUUAACAUUAAAUUUUAUAACAACUGUUAACCAAAAUUUAAUUACAAGUCAUAAACAGAAUUCAAUUUGGAAUAUGGUUUAUACUGGUUUUCCAAACUCUAAUGUUCCUCUACAAAAAGCGCGUGAAAACGUUUCUAACAAUUUUUUCUGGUUUUACAAAGCAAGUUGGUUUUUUUGGCCGAUUUCUGAUGCUGUUAACCUAAGAUAUAUACCAGUGUCGUAUCGUCCUAUUUUCGAUUCAUUAAUAGACUGCUUGUGGGUCGCUACGCUUUUAUAUUUUUCCGAAAAUAAGCAUGCCACUUUUACGUACUGCAGUACAAAAGAUGAAUAGCUUAACAAAAGUCUUUUCCCUAUAAUGCUGAAAGUAUUAGUUGUGUUAUAGAAUGAAAAUUAUACUAAAUCAUUGAAUUGAAUUCAUUUUUAUUUCAUACUGAUAGCCAAGUAUUUAAAAAAAAUCACACUAAUAAUUAUUGUUUAUAGUACUAAUAA